AUGGAAGUAACACCUUUGGCAGCAGCCCAAGCUUCAACACGCUGGAUUACUUGGUCGGUAACGGGUAAUACAAAGAUGCGAUUUGUGAAUCGUAAGGGUGUGUAUGUGUUGGAGCAACUUGGAGCAAAUAACCUGAAGACUGACCCUGUAUUUGAAGCAUUGGAUAAGAUAUUCCGCCGCUACAACAAGGCAGGCUUUCAAGUCAAGAUCAUCAAGUGUGAUCGGGCGUUCAUUCCUCUCACGGAUGAUAGGCUAGACGAUGUGGUGGUUCCAAAAGUGAUCACUGAAUGUCUUGGACGUCAAGCCGCCGAGCUAUUGAAUGUCUUUCCCCAGAAAGACAGUAUCACAUCACAUUUCAGUCCGCAGCAACUCAUUGAUAAUGUCAAUAUCAACUACAAGAGUGACAUAGUUGCUGAACUUGGACAAUAUGUUCAUGCAAUUGGGACGGAUUCCAACAAUUUGAUGGAACCCCAAAGUAUUGAAGCAAUUUACAUUGAACCUACAAAGGGACAACGUACUGGGCACCAAGUGCUCAAUCUCAAUACUAAGAAGAUGAUUUCCCGACCCAAGGUCGUUGUAUUACCCGUUACCGACCAAGUAAUCCAGCGUGUUGAAGCUUGGGCUGCUGCCAAAGGUGUUACUUCCAUGAAGUUCUUUGAUAAGAAGAGAGAUUUGGAGACAUUUCAAGAUGGCAAUCAAGUCGCAGGAGUGGAUGACACGGAACAAGGUUACUUAGAAGAAGCCUUUGAUCGGGACUAUGAACCUGAAGAUGAAUGA